UUGUUGCUGUAGGAUAGAAAUGUCUUCUUCUCCAAAUGUGCUUCAGUUAUUGUGAAAACGAAAGGACUCUCACACCAAAAAAGAAUGGACUUUGUUUGCAUCUGAACUCGAGGAAAGGCUUUGUGGUUCUAGUCCAGAAAAAUGGGGCAUUAGCGUACGAACCAUCCCAAAUAAACCCUAGCAAAAGUUUUGCCACAGAAAUUAAAAUUUAAAUUAAAAUUAAAGCGAAAUUUGAUCCAAUCAAUCAAUUCAUUAAUUAAUUCCAUUCCUUCAACUCCCACUUCCAGCUGCAGUCAGCAAAUGACAAAACCGAUGGCACCGUUUUUUUUCCGAGAAGGGAAGAUUAUUGAUGCCCCGAUAUGAGAAGAAAGUGAGUCUCAUAUCAUAAUACCAUACGCUCAGCCAGCCACCAGUUCGCGUAUGCGGCUUCAGUCUUCUCGCAACUUUGAAACAAUCAUUUGAUAUAGCAAUCUCAGCAAGGCGACUGGAUGGCAGUGGCAUUUUCUUUCGGUUUCCUCUCUGGUUCAACAGCCUCAUAUGACUAUGAUAGUCGACACAAAGAAUUCCAUUGGCUGGCAUCUGUCCUGGCCGGUAUCAUUUCCUGUGUUAUUGUCUAUAAAUUAACCGCUCUUGUGAGCUCUCUAUUGUUUGAGGGAUAUGGCAAGUUGAACACUGCACAAAAAACUGAAUGGAACAACAGGGGGUUCUCAACAGUCCAUGCUGUAUUUGUAUCAUAUGCAUCCUUCUACCUCCUUAUGAUGUCAGAUGUCUUCAAUAAAGAUUUGGAUGACGGUCCAGUUGUUAGUAGAUCAUCUAUUUUGUCAAAUACUGUAUUGGGAAUUUCUAUAGGUUAUUUUCUAUCAGAUCUUGCAAUGAUUCUUUGGCAUUUUCCGGCUUUAGGGGGCAUGGAAUAUGUUCUCCACCAUGGACUGUCCAUCUUUUCCAUUAUCCUCUCUCUACUAAGUGGUCAAGCACAGCUUUACAUACUGAUGGUUCUUUUUACUGAAAGCACUACUCCUUGUGUAAAUCUAAGAUGGUACCUGGAUAAUGCUGGUCUUAAAAGCUCGAAACUCUACAUUGGGAAUGGCAUUAUGUUGUUCCUUGGGUGGUUGUUUUUACUAUGCUCUGUAAUGAUUGUGCUGCAGUUAGCAAGGGUUGUUCUGUUCAUCUUCUUUUUUAUCCACAUGUGGAUCCAUUUUGAUGAGGUGAAGACAAUCUUUCCUCUCGGCUUUUACAGCCUGCUCGUGGUGCCUUAUAUGUUGGCAAUCAUGAACAUGUUUUGGUUCUGGAAGAUUGCCAAAGGUUUGGUCAAAACUCUUUCAAAAGCGAAACACAAGAAGUGAAGCUCUCCUCCAUGCUUAUUACUACAGGACUUGUACAUUACUAGUAUUUAUUGCUGUAUUUUGAUGACCAUUUAUUGAUUGACACUGACAGUCGCAAUCUACAUUAUUUGCUCAUAUGUGAUGAUAAACUGCAUAUGGGUUGUCCAUAUUAGAUUGAACAUUACUUUUGAUUGACCAACUAAAUCUACUUUGGAUUGGGUCAUUACAUUCUUGAAGAACAAUGGCUGCGAGCGAAGGAAUAUUGGAAAGCAAAUGAAGGGGUUCAUGGAAUCCUAUUUAAUUUUGAUUAUUUACUCAAA